GACGUCCGCAUCAUCAAAGGGUCUGCCGACGUCACCAUCCACGGCAGGCUCACCAUCCCCGAGAGCAGGGCACAGGGUCCGGCCUGUGACUUCACAAAGACCCGGAGACAGAAUGCUUGGGAAACACCCACCUGGGCUCUUCCAUCCUCCUGGCCGAGGAGACAAUGAAUUUGAAGAGAAAGAUUCUGGUGCUGGUUUCAUGUGUGUUUUCCUUCCUGCUGCUGGAGCAUCGUCUCAGGCCUCCCGCAGAAGAACUCAGGCUCUCAGACUGGUUUCAUCCUGGAGCAAGGACCAUAAUUGUGCUUCCCGCACAGACCGCUGCAAGGACCGAAUGAACACCAACACAGUGCCCGGCACGUGGAAACGCCCUGAUGUUGUAACAAUCACAGACUGGCUGGCCCCAGUCAUAUGGGAAGGCACCUUCAAUAGACAGGUCCUGGGGAGAUACUACAGGAGACAGAACCUCACCAUAGGCUUGGCUGUCCUUGCUACUGGCAGGACUGCGGACCAGUACCUGGAGGUGUUCAUGCGAUCAGCGAAUAAGCACUUCAUGACCGGCUACAGAGUCGUCUUUUACAUCAUGGUAGACGCCUUGUCCAGGCUGCCGGACCUGGAGCCAGAUCCUCUCCGAACUUUCAAGGUCCUCCCCAUCAAAGGAGACCGGUGGGGUGACUUUCACCUCACACGCAUGAGUUCCCUGGCUGAACACAUACUAGGGCACAUUGAGGACGAAGUCGACUUUCUGUUCAGCAUGACUGUCAACAGGGUCUUCCAGAACGACUUUGGGGUGGAGACCCUGGGCACGUCCGUGGCUCAGCUCCAUGCCUGGUGGUACUUUAAAAACAAGGACAUCCCUUACGAGAGGAGGCCCAAAUCGGCAGCGUGCAUCCCGUUUGGGCAGGGGGACUUCUACUAUGACGGCUCCGUCAUCGGUGGCCGGCCCCUGGAGGUUUUAACCGUCAUCGAAGGUUACCUGCAAGGGGUCACUCACGACCACAAGAAUGGGCUGAACAGCACCUACGAAAGGCACCUGAACAAGUAUUUUUUCACGCACAAGCCCACCAAGCUGCUGUCUCCCGAAUACAGCUGGAACGUGGCGCUCCAGCCCCCCGCACAGGUCUGGUCGGUCAAGGCCACGCGGCUCUCCCGCCGGUACUUCUGACCCGCCGGCUCCUGCAAAUGCCCAGCGGCAGGUUCCCGGGUCACGGGCGUCCUGACGCUUUCCUGGCUUCCGGGGCUGGCGCGUGCACACCACCCAAGGGAAAUGUUUCUCCUUGCCGUUUGGAACUGUCCAGUCCCAAUCAUUAAAAAUGAUUAUUUAAUGUCUACUCACAGUGACAUUGGGACCCAUGUACUGUAGAGAGCCGGGACGUCA